GUUUAUUCCUUCUUCACCUCACUAGCGUAAGAUAGCCACACCCAAUCUCAUCACCAGCAAUUUCACAGCAUGAAGUAACUCUGAAGAAAAAAAAAAUUAGGUCAAAAAUGGCAGACACAACGAAAUCAGGGCAAAUAAAUUCUUGUAAUGCAGAAGAAUAUUACUACGGGUUUUAUUAAUUACCGGGUUUUAAUUUAUCCGGAGAAUUAAAUCUCAUGUUGAGCUCUUGUUGUAAUUGUUUAUCUCAACGCCCUUUUGUUUCGUUACCUCCAAAUUCUAGAGUUACUAGGGUUUCUAAUCCAAUUAGAACCAAGGCGUUUCAUCGAAGCUUACGUUUCGUUGAGCUUCAAUCUAAAUCUUCUAUUAAGAAAUGGAAGAUUUCGUGCUUUAGACAUGAAGAAGAAUCAUGUUCAGGGGAAGGGGAGAUGGAGUUUGUGAAAGGGAAGGUUGUUGAAGAAGUGGUUGAGCUGAAAUCCGAUAGAAAAAUUGUUGAGAAGAAGGAUUUUAUUACAAGUCUUCGAGAUGCAGCAGUUGCAGUUUUUAAAGCAUCUGAAAAACCCUGGACGGUACCAUGGUCAGCAGAAACCAUAAUCCAGGUCAUGCUUCUCUGGAUUGCUGCCUUCUGGUUCGUUGGAUCUUGGAUAAUCCCAUUCUUAGCCCAUGCCUCAGGCUUUAGUAAAGAAUCUCUAACAUAUAGAGCCCAAGCCCUAUACAGCCUCUUAACAGAUGUGGCUGAAGGGCUAGCAGGGAUUGCAAUCCUCCAUCGCUGCCUUGCCAGGUUUCGCCCCCUUCCAUCAGACUGGUUCAAGUUCAGCCUUAAAGGAAACUGGCAAUUCGACGUGGGAUUGGGAUGUCUUAUGUUUCCCUUGGUCAACCGGCUAUCCCAAGUGAACCUCAAUUUGGUACCCCACUUGUCAUCAGCUCCAGUUGUAGUUUCAAGUGUUGAGCAAUCAAUUGUUGCACGAGACCCAGUGGCUAUGGCCCUAUACGCCAUAGUAGUAGCUGUGUGUGCCCCAGUUUGGGAGGAGAUUGUAUUUCGAGGGUUUCUCUUGCCUUCACUAACCAAGUACAUGCCCGUUUGGUGUGCAAUUCUGGUAAGCUCGAUUGCUUUUGCACUUGCACACUUCAAUGCACAAAGAAUGUUGCCUCUCAUUUUCCUUGGGAUGGUCAUGGGAACAGUUUUUGCACGGUCCAGAAAUCUUUUGGCGUCAAUGUUACUGCAUAGUCUUUGGAAUGGAUUUGUAUUCUUAGAUUUGAUGAAAUAGUAUUGUAAUUAAUUCUUGGCACAUCAUCUCAAUGAUAAUUCGAACAAUAUUUUACCCUUC